UUCUGUUUCUUCUCUCUCUAAAAGAAUCUCUCUCUUUCCCUCUUUCCCUCUUUCUUCCCUUCUCUCUCCCUAUUCUUUGCUUUUCCUAUUCAGCUCUCUUCAAAGCCAGGAAUGUUUCUCAAAGCUUUUUCCACCACCGACCCCUCCUUUCUUUCCCUCUAUCUCUCUUUCUUUGAGCCAUGCUAAUAUUCACACUCCAAACCCCGGACAAUAUCCAGGACCACCCUCUUUCAUCCCCUCUUCUGCUUCUUCAAUUUUGGAAUCCAAUUUGCUGCUAAUUUCCACACCCAGUUAUGGAACCUGCCGUUCUUGACGAUAUUAUCGAAAGGUUACUUGCCGUCAAAGCCAGGCCAGGGAAGCAAGUGCAGCUUUCUGAGGCCGAGAUCAGGCAACUUUGUGUUGCUUCCAAGGAUAUUUUCCUGAGACAGCCCAAUCUAUUGGAGCUCCAAGCCCCCGUCAAGAUCUGCGGGGACAUUCAUGGUCAGUAUUCGGAUCUUCUAAGGCUUUUUGACUAUGGUGGACUGCCGCCUGAAUCCAAUUACUUGUUCUUAGGGGACUAUGUAGAUCGAGGAAAGCAAAGCCUAGAAACUAUAUGCCUUCUGCUUGCAUAUAAAAUAAGAUACCCUGAGAACUUUUUCCUAUUGAGGGGCAACCAUGAAUGUGCUUCUAUAAACCGUAUCUAUGGAUUUUAUGAUGAGUGUAAGAGAAGAUUCAAUGUCAGAUUGUGGAAAGUGUUCACAGAUUGUUUCAAUUGCCUACCUGUGGCUGCUCUCAUUGAUGAAAAGAUACUCUGCAUGCAUGGUGGGCUUUCCCCUGAUCUGCGGAGUUUAGAUCAAAUAAGGAAUUUGCAGCGGCCUACUGAUGUUCCAGAUGCUGGUUUGCUAUGCGAUCUUCUCUGGUCUGAUCCUAGUAAUGAUGUUCGAGGUUGGGGGAUGAAUGAUAGAGGCGUUUCUUAUGUCUUUGGCCCUGAUAAGGUGACAGAGCUUCUUCAGAAGCAUGAUCUGGACCUUAUUUGUCGUGCCCACCAGGUUGUGGAAGAUGGAUAUGAGUUUUUUGCUAAUAGACAACUUGUAACCAUUUUUUCAGCACCUAAUUACUGUGGUGAGUUUGAUAAUGCGGGUGCCAUGAUGAGUGUGGAUGACACUCUCAUGUGUUCUUUCCAAGUAUUAAAACCUGCAGAAAAGAAGCCAAAAUUUAGCUUUGGAAGCACUACUACAGCUAAGCCUGGCAGCUCUCCUGCAAGACUCAAGUCUAUCCUUGGUGCAAAAGUAUGAAAGAUGUGGUCUUUUUGAAGGAGAGAGCUGUCCUGGAUCAGAGGUGAUGGUAAUAACAUAGCCAAAGUGACUGUUCAAGAAAUUGGGGUUUCUGUUCAUUUCAUUACGAGUAAGUGUAAAAAUUGGGGAUCCUUGUAGGCAAAGAGUGCAGAUGAUUUUCAGCCACCAUGCACAGAAGUUUGGAAGGCUGUAAUUUAUCCGUCUCACUCUUCUCAUGUAUAAUACUAGUUGCUACAACAAUGGAUUCGUGUUUCUUUACCCCUUUCUUGUUCCCUUGUCUCCCUUCUCUUGCUUCUAUCCCACCUGUUCUCCUUAUAUUAUGACCAAAACAUGAAACUCUAAUGGGGAUCCCUUGGAAAGUUUCAAAUCGUGGAAUUUAAUCUUGCAUUUGGGCUCUGUCCAUUGUGCUUCUAAA